UUCCAUCCCAGACUUUGUAAUUACAAACCAUGGCCUCGUUUUCUGAAUCAUUAAGCUUUAUCUUCUUCUUGGUGAUAUGUAUGUUAGCAAUCUUGGGCAGAUCGAGCGGUGCUGGUUAUAAUGUUCGUUUCAAAUCAAGUAAAUGGUCUCAGGCUCAUGCUACCUUUUAUGGUGAUGAGUCUGCCUCUGAGACAAUGGGGGGAGCUUGUGGGUACGGAAACUUAUUCAAUAAUGGUUACGGGACAGAUACAGCUGCUUUGAGCACAACAUUGUUCAAUGAUGGAUAUGCUUGUGGGACUUGUUACCAAAUAAAAUGUUACCAGUCCACUGCAUGCUAUAAAGAUGUGUCAUUCACCACGGUUACAGCAACAAACAUUUGCCCACCAAACUGGGCUAAGGACUCUAACAAUGGUGGGUGGUGCAAUCCUCCUCGUGCACAUUUCGACAUGUCCAAACCUGCUUUCAUGAAGAUUGCUCAGUGGAAGGUUGGCAUUAUCCCCGUACUCUACCGCCGGGUGCCAUGUGUGAGGAGCGGAGGGCUUCGAUUCCAAUUCCAAGGGAAUGGUUACUGGUUGUUGGUUUAUGUGAUGAAUGUUGGAGGAGGUGGAGACAUUGCCGAGAUGUGGGUUAAGGGAAGCAGAACUGGAUGGAUUAGUAUGAGCCAUAACUGGGGGGCCUCAUAUCAGGCUUUUGCAACUCUUGGAGGCCAAUCUCUUUCUUUCAAGAUCACUUCAUAUACAACCAAGGAGACUAUUAUUGCUUAUAACGUUGCUCCUUCCAAUUGGAAUGUAGGAUUGACUUACAAGUCAAAGGUUAACUUCCACUGAUCAACAAUUACUUCACCAGGACUACCUUUUUUUGUUUUCCUUUCUUUUUCAACCCCAGAUAUGUCCAUCCAUCCACUCAUUGCUUUCUUUUUGGAGAUUUGAUUGAAUAUAAUCGUUUUGUAUGUUCACAUCUUAUGUAUAUUAGAGCAGAUUGAUCGUACUCUGCCAUGUCAAAGUAUUCAACUACUUGUUUUAAUUAAGUUGGGUACUUGACUAA